AUGGAAGAUACUUUUGACAUUAUCCUUGACGACACCUCGAAACCGGUAUGGGAAAAUAGGGCCGAGUCUCCAAUAAUCGAUUACGUUCCUGUAAGUAUACCAAUGGGCAAGUACAAGCUAAAAUUAAAAUACGGGGGAUUCUUUCGGUUAGCGAAGAACACUUGUAAGAAAAUAUAUUGCUUUGGCUCUCAAAAAUGCAUCCACAUAGACACAUGGUCCUACAAUUUGAGUCAACUAAACGAAGAAGUUAUAAAGCGUUAUUCAUCAAAGAACAAUCCAAAAUUUUCAAUUUCCUAUGUUGAUAAGUGUGCAUCAGGCCAAUCUUUUAUUGAGCUUGAUUCUGAUGAGAAGUUCAUGGCUAUGCUUAAUAUGUAUGAAAAAGAGAAAGAAAUAACCAUUUACAUCACAACAGAGAAUAACCACAACUCAAAUAAUCAGUGUGCGCAUAACCAUUUAUGUGACAACAUAGAUGAACCCCAUGAUGAUUCAGACUACUGUCCUAGUGAAGAAAGCUAUUAUAGUCACCUUAGUUCUGAGAAUGAAGAUGAGCCAACAAAUGAUGAUGAAGCAACUUACUCUUUUAGUAAGAAUACUCUAUGCAUGAAAGUUGGCACAAAAUUUGAAAAUGUGGUUGCUUUUCGGAGAGCUUUGAACCAUUACGCAAUCAUAAAUGAGUUUGACUACUAUAUUCAAAAAAGUGACCCGACACGAUUCACAGCAAGGUGUGAAAAUAUAGAUUGCAAUUGGAGAAUUUAUGCGUCUGUCAUGCAAGAUGGUAUUACCUUUGAAGUUAGGAAACUUGAAGAAGGACAUACUUGUACUCGAAGUAACAUGGGUGGUAAUAAGCGUGCCACUCAAGGAUGGAUUGCAAAUAUAGUUACUGACAAGUUGAAGUCUGAUGGGGACAUUUCUCCCAUGGAGCUUAGAAAGUGGAUUAUGAAAACUUACAAUGUUAACAUACCAUACCUAAAAGUAUUCAGAGGGAAAGAGCAAGCAUAUACUGAUAUGCAUGGUAAAUGGGAAGACUCUUUCAUGAAGAUGGAUGUAUUUAGGGAAGAAUUGCUAAAUAGGAAACAAGGAAGCGUUGUCAAAAUUGACUUUGAUGUAGUUGGUGGCAAGAAACGCUUCAAAAGGUUUUUUAUUUCUCUGGCCGCUUGUUCGAGAGGGUUUCUUGCUGGUUGUUGUCCUUAUAUUAGUCUUGAUGCUUGCCAUUUAAAAGGAAAAUUCAACGGUGUAUUGGCCGCUGCAACUAGUGUUGACGCUAACAAUUUCAUCUUCCCGAUAGCCUAUUGUGUGCUUGAAUCAGAGAACACACAAUCAUGGACAUGGUUCCUUGAAUCACUUCAAAAAGCAAUUGGGACGACAAGUGGUCUUGUUAUCUCAUCAGACAUGCAAAAAGGGUUAGAAGUUGCCAUCAUGCAUGUUUAUCCUAAUGUUGAGCAUAGAGAAUGUAUACGACACUUAUAUAGCAAUUUCAAGAAACAUUUUCGUGGUAAAUUCUUCAGCAAGAAACUAUGGAGGGCUGCAAACCUACUUGCCUACCAAGCAUGA